AUCCAAGCUCACUAGUUAUAACAUUUUGAAGUGUUCACUAGUUUGUCAGCUACCUGUCAUUAGCUAAUAGAACUGCUUGUUGGCGCCUUUGUUGGCUUUCUUAUUUACCCUGGAUACAUGCCUUUUUCUUUAAUAUUUUCAUUCUUUUUACUUUCCUUUAUUACUAUACAAGCCUUUGUUCAAGAUGCCCCACGCCGAUUCUUCGUACUUUGCUGCAGGGUCCUCGAAGGAUCAGGUCUACGAACAAGUACUGGAGCAGGCGCAAGGGUUACUAGCUGGGCAGCGCAAUUGGGUGAGCAACCUCGCAAAUGUAGCAUCCCUCCUCUGGCACGCAUACAAAUCUCUCCCCCAACCAUCGUCAUCUGUCAAUUGGGCAGGCUUCUACGUGCGCGAUGACCGAUUCCCUGUGCUCGCCCUGCCGCGACGAUCCGACAGUUUAACGACUAUAACGACAAUUACCACGAGUUAUGCAUCGGACGAAGAAAAGACGCUUCUCCUCGGCCCAUUCCAGGGUAAGCCGGCCUGCCAGGAGAUCAGGUUCGGACGAGGGGUGUGCGGGACGGCGGCGCUGAAGAAGGAGACGGUCGUUGUGCCAGACGUGCUGGAGUUUCCGGGCCAUAUUGCGUGCGACGCGGAUAGUCGCAGUGAGAUUGUUGUACCGAUUCUGUUUGAUGGCGAGACGGUCGCUAUCAUCGAUAUCGACUGCACGGAGCCCAAUGGCUUCGAUGAUGUUGAUAGGAAGCAUCUGGAUGAACUUGCAGAUCUGCUUUCGCGUAGCUGCGACUGGUGAGCGAUAUAAAGGAUGUUUUGGAGUUAUAGUUGUGUGGGUGAUAUAUCAUAUGGGAGACGAAGGGAUGCGAAUGUCACGUGUACAUGUAUAACUAUACAAAUGAAUCAGAAUCGGCGGCACAUUCAAAAGGUUCAUCCGUAAUGAUCGGAGAGGCGCAUGCUUAUCGAGGCUGAGCAUCUCGUUUAAGCAGCCGAGUGUAACGCAGACAGCCGGUAGCCAAUCAGCAGCCCUUAUUCCAC